CAGGCCGCUCUCGGAGGCAGCCAACGCGAGGCUGAGCUGAGCAGUGCUGAGCCCAGCGUCGUGCCCUGCGCUCCAGCUACUGCCCAGACUAGCGAACAAUACAGAGACAGGAUGGCUAAAGGUGACCCGAAGAAGCCUAAGGGCAAGAUGUCUGCUUAUGCCUUCUUUGUGCAGACAUGCCGUGAGGAACAUAAGAAGAAGAACCCAGAGGUUCCAGUCAACUUUGCAGAGUUUUCCAAGAAGUGCUCAGAAAGGUGGAAGACCAUGUCAGGCAAAGAGAAGUCCAAAUUUGAUGAAAUGGCAAAAGCCGACAAGGUACGGUAUGAUCGGGAAAUGAAGGAUUAUGGCCCAGCUAAGGGUGGCAAGAAGAAGAAGGAUCCUAAUGCCCCAAAACGGCCACCGUCUGGCUUCUUCCUGUUCUGUUCAGAAUUCCGUCCCAAGAUCAAAUCCACAAAUCCUGGCAUAUCUAUUGGGGAUGUAGCAAAGAAACUUGGUGAAAUGUGGAACAACCUCAGUGAUGGUGAAAAGCAGCCUUACAAUAAUAAGGCAGCUAAACUGAAGGAGAAAUAUGAAAAGGAUGUUGCAGACUACAAGUCGAAAGGAAAGUUUGAUGGUGCAAAGGGUGCAGCAGCCAAAGCUGCUCGGAAAAAGGUAGAGGAAGAAGAUGAAGAGGAUGAGGAUGAUGAAGAGGAGGAUGAAGAAGAUGAGGAUGAUGAAUAAAACUGUACGAUAUUUGUCUGAUGUGAAUACCAUAGAGUAGGGGAAACACCAUAAAUGAAGCACCUCUUAUUUGAGAUGGUGCUGUUGCCCUCAUUAGGCUUAAUUACAAAAUUCGGAUUCUGAUCACAUUGUAGUUUCUAAAAGUGCUCUAGAAAUUGUAACUGGUUUACAUGAAGUGGCCAUGGGUGUAGUGAGCACCCUGAAACUGUAUCAAAGUUGUACAUAUUUCCAAACAUUUUUAAAAUGGAAAGGCGCUCUAGUGUUCUCCUCACUCUGUGCACUUUGCUGUUGGUGUAACAAAGCAUUUAAAAAUGUUUCAAGCAUUUUUUUUUAAUUUGUAAGGUGGUGUUACUAUAUGGUUAUUGGCUAGAAAAUCCUGGGUUAUAAACUGUACAUAUCUAUAGUUUGUAAAAACUAGACAAAUUCUUGUGGUACAUGCUUAGAGUUGUGAUGCCUUGAGGGAGGGGUGAUUACUUUGGACGGCUGUACCUUCCAUAGGGUGCCAUGGCCCAAAGCAUGCACUGUGAGGGUAGAUCUAUUUACACUACAGUGGGCGUCCAUUUAGCUUAAAGUUGUCUUUCUGUAUAUAGUGAAAUUAGCAUUCUGCUGCCAUUCUUAGUUGUGGAAGGGGGUUCAGCUGGCAUGAGAAGUGUAUGGGUUUUUUUAGUUAAGUGCGGUAGUUUUUUAAACUGAAACUGUAGACCUCUCUUCAUUGUCACCGGAGUGAAGAGCAAGUGCAGCAAUUGAAGUUCAAAAACACUCUGUACUUAAACAAAUUUGCUACGUUAUGUUGGUUUUUUUUGUAUGUUUAGAAUGCUGAAAUGUUUUUUGAAGCAAAAUAAACAGUAUUACGUUUUUAAAA